CAAAUCGUUCAGGCCUCUGGUUUCUUCUUUCCUCUUCUUCGUGCGUAGCGCCUCUGACGUCGACGCCAUUGUGUUUGAAAGGUUAGCAUUGUUCGAUGGAGCUGGCCUCAUGCGUUCCAUUACCUAGGAGCGAAAAAACUCCUACGUUCAGGCGGCGAUAGAAACAAAAUCUCACAUGGCUUCGGUGACGUAGACCGCGCUCCAAGGUUUCUGUGACGAAUGUGACGUCAUUCCGAGACGUACAAUUCGUGUUCUCCAGUAACCUGUAGAUAUGGCCAUCGUAUAGUUAUCAAGCUCUUAUUGAUAUCCGCCAUCGAUACAGAAAGAUAUGGCGCGCGAGUCUCUCUUCAUCGUUACGGUAAAUGCUCCAGCCUUCGCAUUCCUAAUCGCCUUCGCGACUCUCUGCUGGUUAUCAACAGCUGCAGGGAACCUGACGGCGAGCAACGCUCCACUGAGCGGUCACCAGCAGCUGACGGUUAAACAGUGGCGCGAUGCGUGGUCGGGGUCAUGGGAACUGAUAGAUGGAGGGAGAUUAAGUAGCAGCGAGGGGGAUUGGAGUGACACAGAUGCGCGAUCGCAGGAGCUCCCUGAAGUGGGAGGCGAGGGCUCGGGGAGGGUCUCGCUGCUGCUGGGUGGCCGGAGCCUGCUGAGCAAUGUGAUUGUAUCGAGGGGACAGAUGGGGAAACCUGGAAAGUUAGCGAAGUCGCCCGCUGCGGUGAGCAGGAAGCAGGAUCGCAAAGGAAAAAGCAAACGGCCGGGUACCCCCAGUAGAGCAAAGGGUGGGAAGUUUGGCAAGCAAAUUGACAAGGGGAAAAAGGCGCAAAGAGGGACAACUAGGAGGCGGAGCAGUAAUGGAAGGAUCAAGGGACGCGCAUCGGCUAUGGUUGCUACACCGCCGUCGUCCACGUCAUCAUCUCCCGCGCCUGGUGGCAAAUCGCCAUCCUCAGCAUCGCCAUCAACCGGCAAGAAAUCACCUCCACCGUCCAAAACCGGGUCAUCCCUGUUCCCUCCUUCCUCACCCUCUUCCUCCGCAUCCCCCCCAAAGACCUCAUCGCCAUCAGCAUUUUCAUCAUCAUCACCAUCACCACGAAAGCCAUCACAAUCACAAUCACCAUCAGCACCAUCAUCGAGAGCAGCACCGGCAGCAUGGGGCGCAUCGAGGAUGCAGCUGGUGACGGUGCCGUCUGCCAGAGCCAUGUGUCUCGACGGCAGCCCCGCUGGUUACUACUUUCGCACGGGGACAGGCACUGGUGCCAAAAAGUGGCUAAUCUACUUCCACGGCGGCGGCUGGUGCACGACUGCUGCUGACUGCCAGCAGCGCGCCAAGUCCUUCCGUGGCUCCUCACGGUUCUGGCCGAAACCCACUGAUGGGAACUUCACGAAGCUGAUGAACGAGUACCACACUCAGUUCACGGGCAUUCUAAGUGCAGACGCCAAGGUCAACCCCGAGUUUGGCAACUGGAAUAUGGCGGUGCUUAUGUACUGUGACGGAGGAGCCUAUAUGGGCUACAAGGGCCGUGCGGCUGUGGGCUCGUCUCGCGUGUUCUACUCCGGUCGCAGAAUCGUCAUGCUGCUGCUGGAAGAUAUGCUCAAGAACAGAGGUCUGUCUGUAGCAUCAGCAGCGCUUAUAACGGGUUGCUCUGCAGGGGGGCAGGGAGUGGCAGUGAGCUGUGAUUGGAUGGCUUCUCGCCUCCCCUCCUCUGCCACUGUCAAGUGUGCCAUUGACGCUGGAUACUUCCUAGACGAGCCGGACCUGGUGGGUCGCUUCUCGUUCCGAGGCAUGAUGCAGCGCAUGAUGCGCAGCCAGUGGAGCGACGCUGCCUUCAACCCCCUAUGCGUCCAAGCCUACCCCCGAGCUGAGAAGUGGCGCUGUCUGUUCCCAGCCAACGCCCUCCUGCACACCACUACACCAGUCCUGGUUCUCAACAGCGCAUUCGACCUCGCAGCGCUAGCCAUAGGCCUCUCAAGAGGCAACGUUGAGGCUGCUAUGACAGGGUCGUAUGAGAGUGUGGUCCCCUGCUUUCACUCCGACCGCUUCCUAGCUUGCCCUAAGGGAAUUCGGAAGUACGUAGGCCACCACGCUAUAGUGCUCAGGAACUCGAUACAAGCACUGACGCAGGACCGACAGGCAGCAGGGGUGCAGUUCAGAGGGGUAGUUCCUAACAAAACAAGCCAUUGCACCAUGGCUUACAAUGAUUGGUCGGUUCCUGAUGCCAAUGGUGUGAGGCUAAGGGACGUGGUGGCUGCUUGGUUCCUAGACAAGCAGCUUUGACAAGAGGUGGAACCAAGCAGACG